CCCGAGUCCUAUGACCGCUUCACCUCUGCGCACCGCAGAGUGGAUCCCGCCGCGACGGAGCGGAGGAGCCAGGGAAAUGAAAGCAUGCUGGAGCAGGUGGGAGUCUAGCCGUUCAUCCAUUUCACAGGUCCGCGGACUGGCCUGUGGCGGCCAGAGGGGCUGGCAUCCCCGAACCGAACUCGAUCAUCCCGUAUAGUAACUGCCCGCCUACCCAGACUCGUCUCACCCCGAAGUCUGAGUUUUCUUUCGGUUUCGUCGGACAUUCCUGACCGCCCCCUCAGUCCACUCUGGAACCUGAGGUGGGCGGAGGAAGGAAGUGAAAGCCGUCGAGAAAUUAGCUGGACGUCACACUCUCCGAUCCCGAGUCAGGGAGAGGCGGCCCUAUGAGCUAAACUCCCCUCGAUCCCGGAGAUGAGACCGAGCUCGGGACCCCUGCUCCCCGAGUUCCUAUUUCUGCUAGUGCUGCUGAUUCUGCCAGGAGAUGGCAACGAAGGCAGCGUCACUGGAAGCUGUCCCUGUGAUGAAAGAAUUUCUAAUAACCCACUAUCCUGGCAAAUCAUGGAUCAUUACCGAAAAUACCUGAGAGCCUAUCGUGACUGUCCACCCUACAUCAGGUUUGAGCUAAUUAGAAAGAGCGUAUGUGGGAGCAUCAAAAACCCAUCGGUUCGUGAAUUAAUGAGCUGCUUUGAUAGAGGAGAGUGUGGCUAUGAACGUGGGAAGAGUCGGGUCAACCAGGGGCACUUACUUUUUCCCAGCACUCCAAUUCCUGAGCCCACAGAGUUGGCACCUCCAGAUACGAGCACUCCUGCCCAGAUGCACCUGCCACCUACUCAGCAGUCUACCCAGCAAUUCAAGCUUCCAUCAGGAGUGCUGCCUUUGGACAAAGAGCUCACUCACCUAAAGGAAACCACCACUUUCACUGUGGGUUAUAACCUGGGAAUUGGGUUUAAGGAUGGAGAGAAACAGAGGCAAAAGGAAGAAAUGGAAGGCACUGCAAUUAACAAAUCAGUCAUGGUGGCAGUGCUGUCCCUCCUGGCCAUUGUCUUCAUUCUCACUGGAGUCCUCCUUUAUGUGUUGUGCAAAAGGAGGAGGGAACAGUCUCUGCAGUGCUCUCCAGGUUUGCAUUAUACACCUGUGGCAACAGUCUUCAAUGCCUAAGCCAAGAAUGAAGCUUGUGUGGUCUGGGGUUGUAGCUCAGUGGUAGAGUACCUCCCUAGACUGUGGGAGGCUCUAGGUUUGAUCCUGAGCACAUAAAAAUAAAUAAAAUUAAAGUAUGUGUCCACCUACAA